AUGGGUGGAAAAUGCAUGCAAUCAGCCAAUGAGAGUGUAGAAUAUGGAAAGAAUCAAAAUGUAUUGAAGACUCGUAGAAUGGGAGCUGGUCGUAAGCUCAAAUCCCAUCGUAGAAGGCAGAGGUGGGCUGACAAGUCAUAUAAGAAGUCCCACUUGGGAAAUGAGUGGAAAAAACCAUUUGCUGGAUCAUCCCAUGCAAAAGGCAUUGUCCUAGAAAAGAUUGGCAUUGAGGCUAAGCAGCCAAACUCUGCUAUCAGAAAAUGUGCUCGUGUUCAGCUGAUCAAGAAUGGAAAAAAGAUUGCAGCUUUUGUACCUAAUGAUGGUUACUUGAACUACAUUGAGGAGAAUGUAUUUUGUAAUGCAAUGUGUAAAUAA